UAAAGGUUUAAUCAGUAUCAGUAAUAUAACCAAUCAUGAUUGUACACUUAAACGAUUUAGCUUGAAACCAAUAAAAAAAUUGUUUAACGUAUUAUUAAAAAUUUUAAGCUGAGUUGGUAACCACCUCCGUAUAUAAAGGUUAUCUAUGGUUUUCACAGUACGCUUAUUCAGUCGUUCAAUGAGUAAAGUGAGGUGUGGAAUAGCGCAAAUCAUGAGGUUUGUCAGGUGCUAAAUCAUAAUAACAAAAAAAAUUUACAUCAUAAUGUAAAUUCUAUUGUUAAAAAAGCAAGAUCAAAAUGCCGGUAUUAAAUCACUAUAAGAUUGUGUACAUUUUAAUACAUACUUUAUACACAAUAUUUUAUUAUCUCUGGAGAUUAUCUGUUUUUAUAUCGAAAUUAGCAAUUAGGAUUAUAUAUUCCAAUUUUAAUCACAAUGAUAGACCUGACCAGUUACAGAAAAGACUGUUUAAUUUAUCAAAAAAGCCUCUACAUUUAACUAUAAUACUGGAUUUAGAAGAGUAUUCACUAUAUGAUUUAGCUAAUCUUAUAUUUUGGUGCCUAACUGCUGGAAUUCCAUUUAUUAGUUUUUAUGAUGAUAAAGGUAAUUUAAAAAAGCAAGAAGAACACUUACAGCAAAUAGUGAAUUUUAAUAAACUAGAUAACUGCAACAUAAUAUGGCACACUCAAUCGGGAAUGCAGCAUAAAAAUGGUUUUACAGGCCAUAAAAUUCAUGUUAAAAUCUUAACAGAAGAAGAUGGAAGACAGUGUAUAGUUAAACUCAUAAGGACCUUUGCAUUAAGCAAAGAAAUAGACAUUAAUACAGAAAUUAUCAGUGACUAUCUUUUAAAACAAUAUGAAUUUCCAGAUCCUGAUAUGGCUCUAAUAUUUAGUAAAAAAUUUAAUAUUUCUAAGUAUCCACCAUGGCAGUUAAGAUUAACUGAAUUUUUCAAAGUUGAUGCCAUUAAGAAUGUCAACUUUUCUAUAUUUUUGAAAAAUUUAGAGAAGUACAGUAAAUGUGAACAAAGAGUGGGGAAAUGAUGGUUUCCAAAUAUAUUGUUUUGUUUUUCAUUAUAUUUAUAAAAAUUAAAUAAAUACUUUCAACUUAAUAGAAAA